UGAGAUGUUGAGCAUACGAAAGUGCAGUAGAAAAUAACCCACUGUUCAAGUGAAUGCGAGUCAAGAACAAGGAAGGUUAGGGUUUAGGGUUUAAGACCGGAGUAGUCCUCAGGAUUCAGGCUCUCUCCCGUGCUGCACACCUCACGAAGGCGACACGGAAGUGCAGCCAUCCUCGCCAUUCUGGACGGUUGGCUGAAUCGUUUCAUGAAAUUAAGUUUUCCUCGUUAGUAUAGGAGUGUCCGCGAUGACGAAGGAGGUGCUCACGGCCUUCAGUCCCUCCUCUGACUUCCUCGCCGUUGCCACCACUGACGGUCGUAUCAAGACCUGGGACGUUGGAAGUGGCCAUUUGCGUGGGGAAUUUGUAGAUGUUGCAGCGUCUACGAGUGGAGCAGGCACUGCCAUUGACGAUGGAAGUGGACACUUGGCAGUAGACUACUCAUGUAUAACUUGGAUCUCAUUGCCGACGUCCUCAAAGAAGGCCAGGAAGAAGGGGAAUAAAAAUGGACAGUCUUUGCUUCUUGUCCUUGGAACAGCUGCUGGAGACGUAUUGGCAUGGGACGCUUCCCUAGGUCAGCUGAAGUGGAGGGCGAACGACUGCAAUGCCGGAGGAAUUAAAGCAAUAGGUAAAUCUAGGUGUGGAAAAAUACUCUACGCGGCUGGAGCAGACGGUAUGAUUUGCGAGAUCGACAGCGGGAAUGGACAAGUGCUAGAGAAAUUUCGGGCUGCUAAAACAGCUAUCUCUUGCGUCGCCGUCUCUCCAGACGGUGGCUCUUUAUUGACUGCCAGCUCAGAGCUUAAACUUUUUGAUUUAUCCAGCAAGAAGCGAAUACGCAAAUUCACAGGACAUCCGGCUGAAGUAACAGCUCUGGCUUUCAGUCAGGAUGGGAAGUACGCCCUAUCAUCUUCUACCGGGGAGAGGCAGGUUUCUAUAUGGGAGUGUGAGCCGAACACCUCAACCACGGGUGCUGUAUUGUCUUUGUCUUGCGAGCAGUCAGUUGUGUCACUCGAUGGCAGCAGAUUCAUAGAGGGGACAGGUUUACUUAAGUUACUAGCUGUAUCUGAAGGAGGAGUGGCAUAUGUAUGGGAAGCUACGAGCUUAGAGAAAUUGGCCAGUGUGAAGCCCGCAACCGUCAGUGUUGCAAGAAAUCCUGGAGCUUCCAAAGGAGUUCAAGGUUGCAUAAUUGCCGCAAUUUUAGCAAAGGAAGGGGCGGAAGGGGUUACUGCGGUCCAAGUAGCUCACGGAACUAUUGCAAAACCAGCCUUUGAGCAAGUGCAUGUUAGUGCCAUGGGUGCAAAUCUUGUGCUUGCUUCGGAUGCUAGUGGUGCUUUGCUUCCUGCCUCUCAUCAGAUGGAAAUUGACACCGUGAAGAAGACGAAUGUUACGGUCUUGGGUCCCGAAAAUGCUGCAGAUGCUGUCAUUUCGAAGGCGCACGUCGAAUUUGAUGACAGCGAGCGGUCUAGAAAUGUCAAGAAGAGAUCAGCUAGCAUUGACUUGGAUGACGAUGAAGUUCCGCAGGCGGAGAACCUUGAAGAGGAGGAGACUGCAGCAACGAUGGAUGAGGACGAUGAGCAAACAAUGGAGGAGCGCCUUAUUUCUCUGGGCAUUGUCGACAAAGAAGUAGCCAAUGGUGACAAGCCGGAGACUGUCGUUAAAGUAGUUCCGCCGCGAGGAGACUCUCUGCGAGUGCUUCUUUCUCAAGCACUGCAAUCAGACGACAGUUCAAUGCUUGAGCGUUGUCUUUCUGUCCAAGAUGAAAAGCUUAUAAAAAACACUGUGAGUAAACUUCGGCCUACUGAGGCUAGCAAGUUCCUCAGCGUAUGUAUGUUGAGACUGGAAACCCGCCCACGCAGGGGAUUGGCGCUCGUAUCUUGGUUACGAGCCGUCCUUUUGCAGCAUUCUGCAUCAUUAAUGACCAAUCCGUCCAUGCAACCAGUUUUGACGACACUUUAUCAGCUGAUUGAGGCCAGGAUGACAGUUUUUCGGCCGUUGCUUGCUCUGUCUGGGAGGCUUGAUCUCAUUACAGCACAAAUUCUAGGCCAGGAAGCAGGAUUAGUUGAAGAAGUAGAGGAGGUAGUAGAAGCAGUAGUUUAUGAAGAAGGAGACAGCGAAAUAGAGGUAGAGGAAGUGGAAGAAGGGGAAGAAGCAGAGGAAAGCGGUUCAUCAGGUAGUGACGCUAAUGAAACUAUGAUUUCCGACAGCGAAGGAGAGGAAGACGCGGGCACGCAAUGACUGGCGGACCAACGAGUUUUGUUAAUCUAGUGAUUUUUAACCCGUUUUCAAGCUCAUUUUACAACCCAAUCAUUCUUACAUAUAACACCUAACCUGUAUCAUAUGCAAAGUCGCGGCUUUUUUGUGUAGAGAAAGUGAUAGAUGUCUGUCAAAGGCAUGCAGAGAGUGGUAUGAUAGUGUGCUACCACUGAGAAAAAAGUCUAUUAGGUAUAAACAAAAUUUUGACUGUUAUCGUUCUUGCCAGUGAAUUGCUGGAAUUUUCUUAAGAAUUUCGUUAUUGUCG